CUCCUAAAUCUUACAAAAUUCUAAAAUAUUAAAAUCUUCCAAAAUCCUUAAAAAAACCUUUUUACACGUUUCCGAUUUCUUCUGUCUGUGCGAACUUUUUCUUGGCGAGAGAGAGGAAUUAAUUAUCUCUUUCAGUCGCCGUCGUCGAAGAUUUCAAUCAGCUUAUUAGAGUUUUUCCAGUCUCGGUUCAAACUUCGAGUUUUGGGCAUUCUGAUCUGUCUUUGAUUCUUCUACAAAGGGAUCUUUGUAAAGGACAAUGGAAGCUAAUGUUGUUGAUUCUGCUAAUGUUGUUUCAAGUUCUCCAAACAUUAUUGAUCAAGAAGAAUCGACUGAGAACAACUUUGUGAACAAUGGUACUGAGAUUGCGUGGCAAGAGUUGAGAAAGAAGUGGGUUGGUGAUCCAUCUAAUAGGACUUCAGAGAUGCCUCUUGAACCUGUGAUAAGCUUCAACGCUACUUAUGAAGAAUUGCUCACAUCCACCACUCCUUUUCAGAAGCCCAUCCCUCUAGCUGAAAUGGUGGAUUUUCUGUUUGAUAUUUGGCACGGGGAUGGUCUCUUCGAGUAGGUAACACCGAGAGAGGGGGGAUUCUCAGUAUUCUUGGUACAGAAUUUAGUUGCAGGCUCUAAUGAUCAAAAUUCCAAUAUCUUUGAGAAGAGACUCUGAUCCUGUUUUUCAUUGACAUACCAUGAACAUAUAUAUAUAACUAAUUUUUAAUUAGGUUUUUUUGAGAUUCUCUUCCAUGAGACAAUUCACCAAAAAAACAAAGCAAGGAUCACGCUUUUGUUUAAUUAUCUUAUUCUAUAAGAGAGUUCGACUAACAUAUAAAGAUGCCAUUUGUGAUGCUUCUUCACCACCAUGUGAUAUUUUGUACACUUUUCUUGAUUAAUCAUUUUAGUAUUGGCAUUGAAGAUAAACUUGUAAGUGGAUAUGGGAUUUAAGGGGAUAAAAAAAAAAACGUGUAUGAUCUUGAUAGGCGCGACUGCGUUUGGUGAUUAC